AAAAAGAUGGGGUUCCAAAAGAUACGAUACGAUACGCCUCGUAUGAUACGCCCGAUAUGGGGCGUAUUGUAUCGAUAUACUUAAAACCAUGGCUGAGGUCUCUUGUGAGGAGGUUGUGCAGGUGGCUACCAUGGUUGGGUGUCCUAAUUUGGGAGUUAGUGUGGAGUCUACACAAUCGACAGGGGAUGUCGUGCCGUUGGCUGCAAUUAUAACGGUCCCUGUCGCGGGUGGACGGGUUAAAAAAAUAGCUCCUCGUGUUUGGAGGAAGGAACCGAAGGCGUCUGGAUUGAGAAUGGAAGUGGAGGAUGAAUAUCCUAACUUCAUAGGCCCGCGCUUCAUUGAUGACCGUAUUAGCUGCGAUGAGGUUUCUUUUGCUUCAGUGUCUGCUAGCGUUACCGUGUCGCCUAUUAUCAAGCGAUUUGCGGCGGAGCUGAGCGCUCUCUACCCUGAGACUGUAGAAGGGAGUGCACUGGGCAAUGAUGUUGAUGCAGUUCCUUCUCUAGUGGAGGUCUCCGAUGAAAAACACGUACGAGAAGGUGACGAGUCUGUCAACGACUCUGUCACAGAGGCCAUGAAGCCCACCGAUGCUUCGGAGGAGGCUGUUGUUGUUGGUGACUUUGCAGAGGUAGAUGCUCCUGGCUUGGUACAAGGGUGAGUGCAGUCGCUGCAUGGGGAUUCGGCAGUUUGGGAUAGUGGUCAUGUGGCGAUGGGGGCUGUGGUGUGUUUUCGUCCAGUGGAGGUUGAUGAGCUGGACCCGCAGCCUGGUGACUUGGAUUUUACUGCUGAAUUCGAGAUAGUGCGCCAAGAGUUGACAGACUGUUAUGAGAAGGAAGAUAUGGUGCCUAUUGGGUUUGCGGUGUCUGAUCCUUUCGUUGUUCAAAAAGUUCGCAGAUGAGAGCAGUUCAUCGUGUCCCGCAAUGUUGCAGGUACUGUGUCGUUAGUUAUUCAGAAGGGGUGGUUGCCUUUUGUUGAAUUUCUACAUGUGGUUAUGAGUGCCCCCUUAAACAUGGUGGCUGGUUUAAUGAACUCUAUUAUGUCACAGUCCAUGGAGUCAUUGUCAUUGUCUUUGUUUGCCCGGUGACAAUGAAGACGUGUUUCAUCCGGUGACAAUGAAGACAUUUGUGGAGUCAUUGAAGAUGUGAUUCGCAUGGCUCAUGUGUUCUGUAAGACUGGUCAUAAGGAGUCCAACCCAUUGUCUUCCAAGAGCCUGGAUGAGCUCCGCAAGUGGUUGGAGGUUGUGGAUACCUGCAUUUUGAAGACUGAGGAGAAGAUAACAGCUCUUCUUGAUGAAUCCGCUCGUCAACAGAAGGUGUUAUAGCGGGAAGAGUGUUAGGAGAUUGUCGAGAUUCAGGAACAAAGGGCAAGUUUAAAGGUGAUCACCGAGAUGCGUGAUGAGUGGUUUAGUGAAUAGAUGAUUUGUAUCCGGUAGUUUGGUAUUGUAUCACUUUUGCUAUGUAAAUGUUCAACUAUUAAUACUACUUAAUUAAAGCAACCUUUUUCUCA